AUGUUCUUCUCUCGCUCUAUCAUUGAGUGUCCACGAAGUGACUAUUUUGCAGUUAAUGUCGGAGCUCUUUACAACAAGUCAGAGAUAGUCCUCUUCUGCUUCCAUCCGGCUUCAAAGAUAAUUUUUUUAAUCUUCCACAGACUCUACGACUCCGUGAUGAACAUCAAACAAUAUGCGUUUGCAAACUGUUCUUCAUGGACAACGAUCAACAUCCUUAAGUGCGUGGAGAACGUCGAGAGUUCUAUCUUCUUCAUCUGUGAUCAUCUCAGAUGUGGUGUAAUCAUCGAGAAUAGGACUAUCUCUUUCAUUCGUAAAAUCAUAUCUGAAUGUCUUCUUAACCCUAAAGUGAUAUACCCCUGCGACUCCCAUACAUGUCAAUGCAGAAUCAUCAACACUGAAAUCACACAAUCAUUUCUCAUAUAG